GUAAGUUCAAUUAUGUCUGACUAAGCCAACUCACGUAUUUUAGGAGGAAACAGGAUGUCUAAAACUCAGAAGAAAUUUCCAUUAGGCAUAAUCUGCCUUUCAGCACUAGGGCUGUAUUUUUUAUCCAAGAAAUCAAUCGAGACUUUCAAGAUAGUAAACCAGUAUCUCUUUGCAAAGGAACUAAACCUAUAUCAACGAUAUAAGGGAGGAUCUGCGUUGAUCACAGGGUCUACAAGUGGGCUAGGGAAAGAAUAUGCAAUGCAAUUUGCUAAAAGAGGAUUUAACAUUGUCCAAGUUGCAAGAAAUGAUGAAAAGUUAGAAAACACAAAAAAUGAGAUCUUAGAGGCCAACUCAAAGAUUAAGGUGCAUAAUAUUCAGUUUGAUUUUGACCAACCAUAUACAGAAGAAGCUUACUCUGGACUUAAAUCUGAACUUGAAAAUCUUGAUGAUGUUUCUGUUCUUGUCAACAAUGUUGGAGCAAUGAGCCCAGGUAAGUUUGACUCCAUGGACUUGAUUCAAGCAAAUACUAUGAUUCAAGUGAAUUGUAUCCCACAGUUAUUUUUCACAAGAACUUUACUCCCUAAAAUGAUUCAGAGAGCAAACUCUGAUAAGAGAUGAGCUAUAUUAAAUCUUAGCUCUGUUGCUACAGACACUAAAGCUCCAAGUAUGGGAGUUUACUCUGCAACUAAAGUCUAUAACAAGAACUUAUCCGAUGUCUUAGAUAAAGAAGUUAAUGAUAAGAACAUUGAUGUCCUCUGCGUUCAGCCAGGACCUACAGUCUCAAAUAUGAUCAAAGUAUUAGGGCCAUGCAUAAUCUACCCCAAAGACCACGUCUCUAGUGUGUUAUCCCAUCUUGGUCAAUACAGGUCCACUUACGGUCACUAUAAACACAUGGUGUACAUCAGCCUUAUCAGGUACCAAUGGUUCAAGAGUUAUUACCAAAGGAAUAAGAAAGCAUUGACUAAAUUACAAGGAAAGCCAUAGUUCCCAUCCUAAAAAAUUGGCUUAAAAUUUCUUU